ACACACACUCCUUCAGACAAAGAGAGAGAGAGAGAGAGAGAGAGAAGAAGAGACAGGGACAGAACAGGACAUCGCUGUCCAGCCUCUCUGCAUGCCUUAUUCACUCAAUAUAUAUUCCCUGUCUCUCAGACAACACAGUUAUCUAUAUCUUCCUCCUUUCUUCUCUAACUGAUUCGGGGCUCCGAGCCCCGAACCCAGUGAGGCCUUCGGGAAUGUACUCGGCCAUUCACUCGCUCCCGCUCGACGUCGGGCACGGCGAGUUCCAGGGAGCCCUGGACGGUACGAACCUACCCGGCGACGCUUGCUUGGUCCUCACCUCGGAUCCGAAGCCCCGCCUCCGGUGGACCACCGAGCUCCACGAGAGGUUCGUGGACGCUGUGACCCAGCUCGGUGGCCCUGACAAAGCAACACCUAAGACUAUUAUGAGAACAAUGGGAGUAAAAGGGCUCACCCUUUAUCACUUGAAAUCACAUCUUCAGAAAUAUCGCUUGGGAAAGCAAUCUUUCAAGGACUCAAUUGAAAACUCAAAGGAUGCUUCCUGCAUUGCGGAAAGUCAGGAUACUGGUUCGUCUUCGUCGCCAUCAUCAAGAAUGAUGACACAGGAUAUGAAUGAUGGUUACCAAGUUACUGAGGCAUUGCGAUUACAAAUGGAAGUCCAACGAAGACUGCAUGAGCAGCUGGAGGUGCAGCGUCAUCUACAACUUCGGAUUGAAGCGCAAGGCAAAUACCUGCAGUCAAUACUUGAGAAGGCUUGCAAAGCUCUGAAUGACCAGGCUGCUGAAUCUGCUGGGCUUGAAGCUGCUAGGGAAGAGCUCUCUGAACUGGCAAUCAAGGUUUCCAAUGACUGUCAAGGAUUGGCUUCCCUAGAGACCGUGAAAAUGCCCUACUUGCCCGAAAUUGCUGCAGCUUUAGAGAACAAUAGCACUUCAAAUCUGCCAACUCGCAUUGGCGACUGCUCUGUGGAAAGCUGCUUGACAUCAACUGGAAGCCCAGUUUCUCCAAUGGCAAUGGGUUUGCAGGCUGCUGCUUUGAAGAAGAGAUCAAGGCCCUUGUUUGGUAAUGGAGACUCAUUGCCCUUGGAGGGUAACAUGCGGCAGGAUAUAGAAUGGAUGAUGACUAAUAUUGGAUGAAUUGUAGGACAUUUCCUUAUUGAAAUGGAAACCUUUUUCUUUUCUUCUUUGUCCAGUAGAUCUACAUGUUCCAGCCUUUUAGUCAACUAUAUCUUCAGUGGUCUGUAUAUUCUUGAGGUAGAUCUUUUAAAUGUGGGAAAUGCCUUUAUUUUAGAGUUGGGAAGUACCCUUUUUCACC